AUGCGCUCGAUGCUUCAGGAGCUUGGACUCGACAACGUCAGGGUGGUGGUCUCCUCAGCAUUUGGCGGUUCGCGAGGUCCGCCGGCGCCACGGUCAUGUACCGUGGCAUCCGGUCCUGGCGGCUCGACGGCUGCCCGGAGCAGGGGGGGGGGGCCGGCGGGCAUCGUGACGCAGCUGGGCUCGGGCCGCUGCCCGCUCCCCACGGCGUACCUGCAGGCCAACCCCGAGUUCGCCGCCGUCUCCUCGACGCUGCUGCGGGGCAGGGUGGAGCGCCGGCAGGACAUCUCGCACCUCGUGCCGCCCGGCUGCGCCAACGCCGUCACGGCGGCAUACUCUCGGAGGUGA